GCCAGAGCGCGUCCCGCUCGGUGGCUCGUUUAAAAAGCCACCGGCCGGCAUGGGUGAGGCCACUGCCGUCUCGCACACCGACUCAGUUCGAGUAUCGAGGAUCCCACAGGCUAUUAGCACAAUGAACAGGCUGGUGGUAGCUCUCUUCGCCGCGGUGGCGCUGGUCGUUGUCGACCAGGUCAGCGCCGGCUACCUGCUCGGUGGAACUGGUGGCUACGGGGGCUUCGGCGGAUACGGCGGGUCUGGUGGCUACCGCGGCUACGGAGGUGGUGGCUACGGCAGCGGCGGCUAUGGUGGCGGUCUCGGUGGCUACGGCGGUGGCUACAGAGGAGGCUACGGCGGUGGAAGCUUCGGCGGUGGAAGCCUCGGCGGCUUCGGCGGUGGUCUCGGAAGCCGAGGCUAUGGCGGUGGUUUCGGAAGCGGAGGAUACGGCGGUGGUCUCGGAGGCUACGGCGGGGGUCUCGGAAGCGGAGGCUACGGUGGUGGUUUUGGAGGUUAUGGCAAGGGCUACAAGAGCUACGGAAGCAGCUACUCCAGUGGCUACGGAAGCAGCUACGGAAGUGGAGGCUACGGUGGCAGUGGAGGCUUCGGCCGUGGCUUUGGUGGUGGCAAGUACGGCGGAAGCGGAUGGUGGUGAAGCAAGUAGGCUGCUUGAGUGACAAUGGAAGAUCCGGAAGCUUCAAAGGCGUGAACGACAUGAGUGAAUUGGACUGUGCAUCUGGUUAGACCAAUAAAUAUAACUGUUCCUACUACA